AAUCAAUCACGUAUUGAUGCAACCCAUAGUGAGCUCUCUUAAAAGACUGUUUGAUAAUUUAUAAAUUCAAAAGAAAAUCAACAUGAAGAACUACAAGCUAUUAAUUGUUUUUACAAUCCAACUGAUUGGGUUAGUUAGUGCAAAGACUGAAUCCCUAUCAGCAAUAUCGACUGUUCCAUUCCAGCUUAUAUCUCCCGCCGAAUUCAAAGCUAUUUCGGAGCUUAGCAAUGGCAAUCCAUUCAUCACACAAAAGAGACUUCUUCAUAGUGGUUCCGAAGCUGUAACAAACAUAAUUAACAACAUUUACAAUGGUCACAUAAGUCCUGUCAAUAUAACUGGCUUGGAAUCAAUUUAUAAUUCGAUUUUAAAUCAACCUUUGAGCGGUCCACCUCAAGGCUAUCCAUUUUGUGCCAUUCAAGCUAAUAGACAUAAUCGACACUCGCAAAGAAGUUACGAUGCAGUUGUAGACCCUGCUAGCAAUUUCGGAACAUUUUCUAUCAACUUCUUUCAUCCUGGAACUGUGAUGCAAUUUGAUAAUUACGACGAAGACAUAACAAUUGAUGAAUUAGAACCAGACUACCAUGACCAGAGUCAUCAGAAACCAUCUUCAUAUCAGCCAUCAGAAUCUAGUGAGCCAAGUGUGGCACCACCACCACCUAACAACUAUGGCUCAUCAUCCGGACCUGAUGCCGACAAAGACAGGCCAGAUAGUUCUGGUGCACCUGUUAUUAACUGUAUUGUUGUUCUAAGGGAACCCGCACACCCAUCAACCACUACUCCAGCUCCAACUACAACUCCUGUUCCUGCUUCAACUAAACGUCCUUCAGUUCGACCACCCAAGCGGCCAUCAAUUUAUCCGCAACUCUCAAACAUAUUAACGUCACAACAAACCCUUGGUCAAUACCAAGUCGUCCCAAUACCAUAUCCACCAUUCCUGGGUUUGGUUGGACCAUCAGCAUCAGGUACUCCAAACUGGCCCACUUGGCCAGGUUCUCAAGCAUUUGCAUCGAAUACUCCAAAUUCUGCUAUUCCACAAACAUGGCCAUUCUUGCCAGUAUCUAACCCAUCCGCAAUCCCAUCGGCCAACAAGAUUACCCAAACUGUUCCAACAUGGCCUUACCUCUCGAUCCCAUCGCCGGCCGGCAUCAGCGCUCAUCGUGUUCCAUCAACGCCACCCUUCUCGUCAAACUCCUAUUGGACAUCUGCAAUCAACCCCGAUGCCCCAGAUGCUCCUUCUCCAAGUGUUUCGAUUUAUUCAAAACCAAAUCCAGCUACUGCUGUAUGGUUGCGUCCUCCUACUGCCGGUGCAUUUAAUGCCAACCAUUUAAUACCACAACCAUCACAACAGAAUUACAAUGGAAACGUUAACGAAGAGCUUAGGUCUGCAACGCAUAUUGGCGAUGAAAUUGCAUCUGAAAAUAAGAAAAAUCAGGUAAAGACAAUAAUUGCAGAUGCUAAUAUUGUUGGUUUAAUUCAACGUUCUCGUUCUCAUUCUCAUCAUCAGAAUCAACAACCCCACCAAGAGUUGGGGGUGCAGUCAAAGGACUAA